AUGAAACCCUCACUGCUGCUGUCCGGCGACCGGGCCAACUUCACUACACUGGCCGUAGACCUCCAAAAAGGAGAGAUCAAAAUUGUCGCCGAUUACCGAGCACCCGAAAACGUUUCUUGGGUAGAACCUGAAUCCUGGAAUGGAGAUGUUGACAGACUGAUUGCCUUGUCGGAAGGUGAAGAGUCUGGCCUCCUAUUCACCUUCGAGUUAAACCAUUCUAAAAAGACUUGCAUCAUCACUAGCCAACAGCCGACACUAGGCGCACCUGCUCAUUUUAUUAUCCUACGAGACAAGACAGUCAUAGCGCUUGGUACUUAUCUCGGAGGUUCUGUUUCCCUUUACCCCAUUUCAAUCACCGAAAAAGAAGGACUCAGACUUAACGAUACGCCUCGAACCGAGCUUCUACCAGAGUUUCCAUAUAAAGCGGCUGGACACGGUCCCAAUAAAGGUCGACAACAACAAUGCCACGUGCACCAAGUGCUUGAAGAUAAGAGAGGCCUACUCUAUGCACCUGAUCUAGGUGCUGACCGCGUAUGGGUCCUUAAUCGUGAUGGACCGGAGCUGAAAGUACAAGGCUGGCUCCUGUGCCCUCCUGGUACGGGACCUCGACAUGCCGUCUUGACACCUGAUGAGAAACUUAUAUAUGUCAUUGGCGAGCUUUCACACAACGUAAUCGCUUUUGAAUUGUCUACUCUACGAGACCAGGACUUCCAGCCCAUCAACGGUUUUGAGGUCAAUGUCAUUCCUCCGAAUGUUCAUCCGGGCCAUCAGUUCAUGAUGGACUCAGCUGAGAUUUCCCUACAUCCCAAGAUUCCGAACGUUUUAUACGUCAGCAACAGAUGGGAAAGGCAUAUCACCCAGCGCGAACCUCAUCUGCAAAAUGUCCAUGAACAGCUACAAGGUGAUGCUAUCGCUGUAAUCUUACUUUCAGGAAACGGCAAAGAAUGUCAAGAGAUCAAGCACGUGCGAACCAACCUUGACACAAUCCGCGGUUUCGGACUUAGCGACGAUGGCAAAUUUGUCGUAGUGGCUGGACAAGAACGUGGCGGAAUCGAGAUAUAUAGCAUUAGCGGCGACAGAGGUGAUUUAUGGACUCUUGUUGCCAGCUUGAGUGAGGGACUAGACAGCGGUAUUAAACAUGCAGUCUGGUUGUAG